UCUUCUCACAGGAAGCCUGAACAGCAGCUUGUCUCUCCAGUAACAAGGUCACUCUCCAGCCCCAGGGAAUCUCUGACAAGAUGGCAUCUGUUCUCAAGUGGUUUGGAAAAGAUGAUGACAAGGAUAAACAGAAGGAAAAGGAACAAGGGAAAGUGAAGCAAGAUGAGGGCCAGAAAAAGAAGGACAAGGAAAAGGGAGAUGGGAGCAGUGACAGCAGUAGCAGUGGCAGCGACAGUGAUUCGGAAAAGAAUCCUGAGCGAAAGAAGAACAAGAAGACCAAGACCAAGAAGAAGAGUCAUGACUAACUGCAAAAACCCAAGCUGUGGGCUUCCUACUGAGAGAGGAGGAAGGGUGGAGGGGGCUGUGGGAGAGGAGAGUUCAGAUGGGAUGAAGGAGAAGAAAUUGGCUACUUGGAUUACAAUAAAGUUGGCCCCAAAUCU